AUGGGUAAAGACAUUAAUUCCUACAAUCUACUUGAUGAUGACAUCUGUUUUGAUGAAGAAGAAUUUCAGUCUAGAGAAAUCGAUGAUGAAUUGGCUGUUGAAAUUUCAAAAGAAGAUAUUGCCGCAUCAGAAUCUCUUAACAGUGAACAAAAACAUGUCUAUAAUGCAGUGCUGGAAAAAGUAUUUACAAACCAAAAUGCUGCAUUCUUUGUAGAUGGCCCGGGUGGUACAGGGAAAACAUUCUUAUACAAGGCACUUCUCGCAACAGUACGAUCAAGAAAAUUGGUAGCACUUGCAACUGCUUCAUCAGGUGUUGCCGCAUCUAUUCUUCCGGGAGGUCGAACGGCACAUUCACGUUUCAAGCUUCCACUUGAUAUUGACAAAAAAAGCACGUGUUGUGUCAGCAAACAAAGUGCACUGGCAAACCUACUUCGUUCAGCAAAACUAAUAAUAUGGGAUGAGGCUCCAAUGACAAGAAAACAACACAUCGAAGUAUUAGAUAAAAUGCUACGAGACAUCAAUGAUUCGGAUGUAACAUUCGGUGGAAAGGUUGUUGUUUUCGGCGAAGAUUUUCGACAGGUUUUACCAGUGGUUCGCAAAGGAACGAGACAAGAACAGGUUACUUCCAGUUUGGUUUAUUCGUAUUUGUGGCCUACAUUGACCAAGUUCCAUUUAACUGAAAAUAUGCGAGCAAUAUUUGAUCCAGUUUUUUUAGAUUAUGUGUUAGAAGUAGGCAACAGAAUGCCGCCGAACACAAUUGAUGAAACCAUAAAAAUUCCGAAUGGUAUGCUUGUUCCCUAUGAAGAUGACAACACUUUUUUAGAUCAUUUAAUAGAAGAUGUUUUCCACAAUAUUUAA